ACUCAAUCCAAAAAUACAACCAACACAGAAGCACUUCACACUCUCAUUCCUAUUCUCUUCCUCUAUACUCAAAACACUAAGUCCUAUCCUUCCUAAGUUGAAAAAAAAAAAUGAAAGCAGCAAACAUUGCUUUUUGCACCUUCCUUUUACUGCUUCUUGUUAAUGUUCAAGUGUCAAUGGCAGUAACAUGCAGUCCAGUACAGCUCAGCUCAUGUGUGAGUGCAAUCACUUCUUCAACUCCUCCAACUAAACUUUGCUGUUCCAAGAUCAAAGAACAAAGACCUUGCCUUUGCCAAUAUCUGAAGAAUCCCAAUCUUAGGAAGUUUGUUAACUCUCCUAAUGCCAGGAAAGUUGCUAACAAUUGUGGAACUCCCUUCCCAAAUUGUUGAGUGUUAAAAUGAUAAGAUGUUUGGUUUCCUUGUACUUGCAUAUGCAUCUAUGUCCAUUGAGACUAUAAAAAUAUCAUAUUUUGUGUGGUUUGCUAAAAAUAGUAGUAAAAGCUGUGUAGCAUCGACACUUAGAUUUAAGAUGUGUUU